AUGUCAAGAAGAUAUCUCCCUAACAUAAUAAUAACUGGUACUCCAGGUUGUGGUAAAUCAUCACAUUCUCAAAAUUUAGUAUCCCAUAUUAAAGAAUCAAUAGGUAAAGAUUUAAAACAUUUUAAUAUUUCAGAUAUUGCUAAAGAUCAAAAAUUUAUAGAAAGCUAUGAUGCCAAACUAGAUACUUCAAUAGUUGAUGAAGAUAAAUUAUUAGAUUAUUUAGAAGUUGCAUUAGAAAAAGGGGGUAUUAUAAUCGACUGGCAUUGUUGUGAAAUAUUCCCCGAAAGAUUAAUUGAUUUGGUGGUGGUUUUAAAGGUUGAUAAUAGUAUAUUAUACGACAGAUUAAAAAAGAGAAAUUAUAACGAUUUAAAAUUGCAAGAGAAUUUAGAUUGUGAAAUUAUGGAAAUUAUAUUAAAUGAAGCUAGAGAUAGUUAUAUUCCUGAAAUUGUAAUUGAAUUAAAUUCAAAUGAUAUUGAUGAAUUAGAAAAUAAUGUUGAAAGAAUUGCUUUGUGGAUUGAAAAUUGGUUAAAUGAUCAUAAAAAUGGUGUUACAAAUGAAUUACAACCUGCGGAAAGUGAAUCUGAGUUGGAAAGAGAAGGUGAAGAAGAAGAAGAAGAGAGGGAACAAGAUGAAGAAGAAAGUAAUGAAGAAAUGGAACAUUUAGAAGACUUGGAAUAG